AUGACAGUUUCCUUAUCUUCUCUCACAUCUUCCCUCUAUUCACUUUCCUUUUCUUCCAAUAUCUGUCGCAAACCAACCACUCUUUCUCUCCCCGGAACCUUCUCCCUCAAUCGCUCUUCCAAACUCCCUUCCCUAAUCGUCAAAGGAGAAAACCAGGCUGCGCAAAGGAAUUUCCCUAUCGAUUUGAAGGAAGCAAUUUCGAGUGUGAUAUUUGCAACUCCUAGAUCUGUUGAGUUGUGCCUUGACUGUGGUGUAAAUCACUUGUUGGUUGAGAAAUUGUCUGCUAAAGCCCCUGAUGGUCCAACCAAGAUAAAAAUACUGACUGCAAUAGCUGAGGAGCAUAAUAUCAAAUGGGAGUCCAAGUCAUUUGGAGACAAUGAUACAAAGGCCUCUCAAGACUUACUGGUUGGGCCAAGUACUCCUGAGAAGUCUGCUUAUGUUGAACCUUUUCAAGGCCAUGUUCCACCACCUGUUCAUGAUGAAAAGGGUCCUCCGAAUUCUGGUGGUCCUUCACAACUUACACCAACGCACGAUGCAUAUACAAAUUCAUAUGACCAGAGUGCAAACACUGCUGCUAGAAAGGCUAGUGGCAAUAACUCCAUAACAUCAGGCAUGCUGGACAUAGAAAUCAAAUCUUCAGGGGAUGGAAGUCAAAAAAUGGAUUUUAGAGAUACAUAUUCUGAAAAUAAGAGUUUCUUUCCUACUGGGAGACAAUUGGAACAUGGAAUUCAAGGAUGCUGCCUCUGCUGCACAGGCUGCUGCGGAAUCUGCUGA